GUCAUUUAAAGGACAUUUUGCUGAUACUCGUUUACAGUUUUAAAGGCAGGACAUUUACUUGUAACACUAUUUUUACACUGGUCGUGCUAAAAUCUGAAUACUUCUUUCACUACUGGCAAAUUUAGUAACUUAAUACCUAAUGAGGUAUUUUACAUUUCGGUAGGGUAUUGCUAUUUUUACUUUACUGUCUUGAUGGAUUUGGAUACUGUCUCCCCUCUGUUGGUUGGUGUGAGACUGUCUUUGCGGGAACGCGCCUUGGAACGCGCACAAUGCAAAGCGUCCUUUUCGUUUCCAUGGAGACCUCAGACGGUAACAGAACACGGAGGGAAAGGUGUCCGACUCCGAGUCUAGUUUUGAACACCAGAAUUUCACCUUUAACUUUUGAACGACGUGUUUUGGACAUUUAAUGAACUCUGAAUUCUGCCAGGAUUAUCGUUUUGGUAAUUUGCCGUGGUACAGCUGUAUGACCCUGGAAGUUUCCUCCUGGGAGAGAAAUGGAGAAUAGCUCUCAUACACUGCCACCCUCGUCACCAUGUCCUACCACUUUUGGAGGGUCCCUGCCUUUCUCCUCCUCGCCGCAACAAACCUGCUCAAAUGGCCGUGUUUCACUCCCACUUUCACCUAUUUCAUUCCCCCCAUCUCCUACCUCACUUUCUCCAGCAACAGCAGAGUCUAAUAACUCUUCCUCACCUCUUUCACACUGCACAGCAUCUCAGUGUUUCGAGGGACAAAACAUACAGUGCCUCAGCCCGUCGAAUAUAACUGACCAGGAUGACCUGACCUGCCUCAACUGGCUGCAUCAGAGGGGCAACCUCCUACCACUGCAGCCCCUUCCCAAAAUGACACCACUGCCUCAGCUAGAGUCCACCGCACCUACCCAACUUCUUCCUCCUGCCUCGUCCAAGCCACCGUACUCCUUCAGUAGUCUGAUUUUCAUGGCAAUAGAAGACUCACCUGACAGGAGGCUUCCAGUGAAGGACAUCUAUGUUUGGAUUGUGAACAAUUUCCCCUACUACAGAACAGCUUCUGGAGGCUGGAGGAACUCUGUUAGACACAACUUGUCCCUGAGCAAGAGCUUUCGUCGCAUUCAGAGGGACAAGAGCCAGUCAGUGGGGAAGGGAUCUCUGUGGUGUGUGUGUCCCGAGUAUCGACCGGUGCUCCUCGAGGUGCUGAGGAAGACCCACAGUUAUCACAGCACCAAUAUCAAUCUGUUAAACAAGCCUGCAUUGUUGGAAGGAGCUGAAUUUGGGGUGCCUGCAGUGUGCGACUCUAUGGAAAUGUCAGAUCCUCUCUCUCACACCCUCCUCCUCUCCACGCCCUCACCCCAAAUCCUGACCACCGAUAACCCAACUUUCUCUGAAAACCCACCGUGCCCUUUGACCCCGGAUCACGAGGAGCUUGUCACCAUGGAGUCAGUUGAAUACCACCAGGGGGAGGUCAGCGAGGAGAUGGAGAAGGACCCCCUGUCAGACAGCGGGUACAUUGAGUUACACUAUUACCAGUCUCACCAGUACCAGUACCUGGUCCUGCCGGGUGACACAGAGUUGGACCUGGAGACUGUGGAGAUCCUUCAGCUCGAUGCCGAGGCCCAGGAGGCUGCUGGGUCACUGCUGGACCUGGCAGGUGGCGGAUAUUAAUGUUAUAUCCUGUUUAACAAUCACAACUGAUGCAAUGCUUCAAUUCUUUGUAAGCAAAUACUCCAACAAAGCAACAUAAAUGGGGAUUUAUGUUUUAAAGCCUUAAGUGAUAAUGGAUGGAGUGAUGAUGUUUGGCAUAUCGGCUGCUUCUCCCUGAGACGUUGACACUGCCCUAAGGCUUGUUUUGUAGUUAGGUAAAAAUAUAGAUCAACAUUUUGAUGGACUAACAGACAAUGGAUCACAUUACUUAAUAUGUGUUCAGGCACUUUCAAUGCAGGAGCUGAUUUUAUCACUGUACCAUACAAUACAUAUAAUUACAACCAGGACAAAGACUUAAGAGUGUAAUGUUGAAUUGAAAAAUGUGGACAAAAUUAUUCUCUGAGAUUUCAAAACUGAGAGGAAAGUAUUAAUAGAGUAUGAUCUUCAUUACAGGUUUUUAGGUUUUCCACUGUGGUUUUUUAACACAUUGAGUUCAUUCUCAGGGGUGGAAAAAGUGUUUCCAACUCAAGUAGAAGUAUGUUUCUUGGUUAAGAUGUUUCCCAAGUUAGGGUUAGUUAAAAAGUUAAUAAGUUAAGAUUAAUAUAGCGUUGAAACCUGCACAAGAAAAGUACAAAAGUAGCUCUUGACUCACAUCCACACUAUUACCAUUUCAAUAUGAAUAGGUUUUAACAAACAUUUCUUCUCCAAUUCUUUAAAGUGGCGACCAUCUUUUCUUUAUGAGAAGGUUUUCAUGGAGGUAUACUUUAUGAAGAAAACAAAUUACAAACAAACCUAAGACGAAUAUCUUACCCCUGUUACUGUAACCUAUUCUGAAAAUGCUGCCUUUCUAAAAGUAGUUGAGUAUAAUACUUAAAUAAAAAAUACUUAAUUUAUGAUGUAGUUGCAAAUGUAGAUUGCGCUCAAAAAGUGGGAAAGCACUACUCAAUUACAACAAUAUAAGUACUUUUGAUUUUAUUUCUUAAUUAAUUUCUUUACACCCAUUGUCAUUCUCCAGAUAAUGUUUGCUAGAAUUGAUUUUAUGUACAUGAUUUCAUGUUACUGAAUGUCUUCACAUUUUUUGUGAAUUUUAAAACCUAGAUAUAUGAUCUUGUAAGCUAAGCUAAAUUGUCUUCAAUCAGGAAUAGUUUGAUUGGAAUUUUGAGUUAAAAUGCAAAAUGAACUCACUGCCAUUUAAACCACUUUACAUUUCAGGGUACACUGAAUUUCUGUUUGUAAAUGUUAUGUAUUUCCAAAAAAUUUAGAUUUUGAAAUCUAACAAAUAAUAUCUGUCCUGCCGUUCUUGUGAAUUAAAUUACCUGUUUUUUAUGUUCA